AUGGAGAAAUCCAAGAAUUUCCGCAUCGACGCGCUGCUGGCCAUGGAUCCUCCCAAGGCGGCGGCCUCGACGGCUCAGACGUCGCCUCUGGCGCUGGUGACCUCGCUGUCGGGCCACGCCAGCUCGCGAUCCAGCAGCUCCAGCGCCAGCUCCAGCUCCAGCUGCAGCCCGCCGUCCUCGGCGGAGCCUCCGCCCUCGUCCGUCGAGGGCCUGCGCACCGACAGCCCCUCGCCGCCUCGGCUCCUGGGCGCGCACUGCGGGCUGGUGCCCAAGCCGGGCUUCCUGGGCGGCGGGGGAAGCGCGGCAGGGAGUCCCCACCCGCACGCCCACCCCCACCCGCACCCCCACGCGCACCCCCACGCCGCCCUGGGGCUGCACCCGCAAGGCGGCGCCGGCCUCCACCCGCAAGCCGCCCUCUACGGCCACCCCAUGUACGGCUACCCGGCGGCGGCGGCCGCGCUGGCCUCGCAGCACCCGGCGCUCUCCUACUCCUACUCGCAGGUGCAGCCGUCGCACCCGGCCGCCGACCCCAUCAAGCUGAGCGCCGGCACUUUCCAGCUGGACCAGUGGCUGCGGGCCUCCACCGCAGGCAUGAUCCUGCCCAAGAUGCCCGACUUUAACUGUGAGUAGCACCGAGAGAGAGAUCGGACAAAAGAUCCAUAAUAAUAAUAAUGUGUGUGAGCUUGCGUGCGCACCACUAGAUGCGUGCUGCUCUUGCUAUGUGUGCGUUUUAUAUUUAAUUUUAAUUUUAUUAUUUAUACCCCACCCAUCUGGCUGGGUUUCCCAGAGAGAGGGGUGCAAGAUGCAUACCUAAGCAGCACGGAUACGAUUGUGUGAACGCUCACACACCUAUGAUAUAGACUCUGUCCCUCUGGAAUAUGUACAGUAAUUUAAGGACAAGGGAGCCGCGAUCUUUCCUUUGUUAUCCGUUUUUCUCGCUGCCAGGCAGUAGCUGGGGCCUAAAUGCGGCCGAUGGCGCCUGCCUUGAUUCUGUUCCUCGCCCUUCCUCCUUUGCGAUAGAAAGACGCUCCCUGGCUGAUCGAGGAUGGUGUAUUUGGAUGGGGUUUUGGGGGUGAGCGAGGGAGACCCCCGCUAAAAGGAAAGUCGCCCUUGGAAAAGCCGAGGUAGCCUUGGGGAGGAGCGGCUCCUCUCAACAAGGAAGGAAAAGGCCAUUUCCCAGCAGGGAGGUCUUUAAACCUGCAAAACGCGUGCUUUGGGGGUCCGUUCUUUUGGGAAUCAAACACGGACGAACACGAGAAGCAGUGGGAAGGGCUGGGUGGCGCGUAAAAGGCCAAAUAUUGUGCACAGGGCAGCGGCCGACUCACUGGAGCCUAAACCGCGAAUCCAUCGGAUUAGCCAGUCCGGUGGUUGUCCUUCGCCCUACCUAGGAACUGAGUUAGGGUUUCAUGGGGACAAUUUCAGAGCUUCGUUUUUUAAAAAAAAGGCGAUGGGGAUGAUCCAGUCCCCAUUAAGUCUCAUUUAUUUCAACGGAAGGGUUAACCUUGUGCUUUGUUUGGACUGACUUCUCUUGAGAAUGUCGGGAUCUUAAAAUACUUUCCCCCCUGGGUGUGCGCCCGACAUCCCUGCUAUAAUAUCCCUAAUAUGUGUUCUUAAUUGUAUGGGGAGCACUGGAAUAUCGAAGCCAAACCAUUAGCUGUUCUUGCACACGAGGGCUGUGUCUCCAAAAGACUGACCUCUUAAUAUUCUCUACCAAGAUUUGUAUUAUUUGGGGUAAAAUUGUAGCUAGGCCUCCGUGAGGCUAUUUCUUGUAUUUCCCCCUCCCUGUGCAAUAAUCAUUCAGUAAAUCCAUAUUAUUAUUAUUUCAUAUUAAUAACUCGAGACAAGCGACCUCGCAGAUAUAAUGGCGUGUUGGUUACUUGAUGUUCACUUUGCUAUAAAAGCAGUGCAGCUCAGAGCUAGGCUUACUUUUCUUGAUAAAUCGUUAAAGGGGGGGGGGUGAGUUACUUGUUUCUUAUCCCCCCCGUCCCUUUUUGAAGGAGAAGAAAAGACGAGGCCCUUCCGACAGGAAAAAGUAAUAAUUAGGGAAGCUGUCAAAAUUCCUGCUCCCGCAAAUAAAACGCACGUGUGAACAAACAGCCCGAAGAAAGACCAUAACGGGAGGCUUGGGGAAAUCGCGCCGGGGUGCGAAAAACCGCCUCGGCGGUGCUGUUUGCACGUGGCAGGAGGCUCUGGGAAUUUAAGGGAGAGAGAAAAAACGCGUACUACUAUUCUGAUAUUUUAAGAGUUUUCCUGCAAAUAAAACUAAUUGUUCUGUUGAAAGGAAUCUUCUUAAAGUACCCAAAGCGGUGGUGGGGCUGAUAAACAGCGGGUUCAGUACUGCAACAAAAUAAAUAAAAAUUAAGCAUUGAUAUUGAAAUCGACGAGGGUUAAAGGUGGCCUGUAUCUACCUAUGUUCAAUUCCGGUUAGAAAAACAGGGCUUUGAAGUUUUGAAGGCGAUGACAAAAGCCCUGGUUGUUAGAUAACAGACUUAGACGACGCGGAUUUGCUUUCUAGCAAAAAACCGGGUUGCAGCUAUAUCAGCGUUUAGAUCUCUCUAUUUGGCGCGACAAGAAAGCGGAACGUUCUCAGGAUUUAUUUCUGUUACAUUUUUCUUUUACACGUUUUUUUCUAAAAUUAUUUAGCUUGCCACGUUUUUCCUAAAAUUACCACGUUUUUCCUAAAAUUAUUUAGUUUAUUUAGCAUAAUAAGCCUACCGCAUUUUUAACAACAAACAAGUCGCAGAAGACUGAUGAAACCUCUCAAGACUGAGCGCUUGUUGCGUCAAAGCCCACCAUGGAUAGCAGGAUUUUAAUUCCAUGGUUGUAUUUACAGGGCAAUAUUAACAAGAGGAGAGUUACAUUGAUAUCCCCGAUAUCAGUUGGUGGAAACUGACGAGCCUAAUCCGGGCGGAACAGAACACACCCAAAUGCAGUCCAUUCGUUUGGCUGCCAGACAGUGCCCUAGAAAACAGGACUUUUAAUUCGUACUGCGUCGAGGAAAACAUCUCUCGUUUUCCACGCUGCUUGCAGAAGACCCCCCGUUUAUUUCCAAAAGUCUUUUGGAAUUGGUAGCGGGGUAUGUUUUGGUUCUAUAUUAAGUCUAGUCAGAGAAGGGGGAAAAAUGUCGUUUCGGAGUCUGCUCCCUGUGGCCUUUUCUUCUCAGAUCGAUUCCCCAAGAGUCCUCCUUUUAAUUAAAAAGUCCGGUUCGAGGGUCAGUCUGAGAAUAAAGGGGGCACCAUUGCUUAAAAGGGGGCGUUAGUUGAAACCCGCUAACGGUUUGCCCCUUACCCUUCUCCCUCAGGGCGGUGGGGGGCGAGCUCUCCUGAGCCCUCGGAUCGCGCCCCUUUCACUUUCUCCCAAUUAUUAUCUCUUGGGAAAUCAGAGAAUGGGCUCGUGACCCCGCCCCGAGACCGCCCAAUCGUCCGGCUUCUCCGGCUGGGAUAGUGCGAAGCGCUUCCUUCGGUCCAGGGCGCCCCGUCGGAGCGCCGCGCUUCCAUCUCCCGGCGCUCUGCGGGCUUUGCCGCGGCCAGGACCUCUUCCGGGGCGAGCAAGGCCCGGCUAGGGGACGGGGCUGGCUGGCUAGAGGGAAGGCUCACUUUUCCCGCGGCUCUUGGCUUGGCGGAGAGGUGGGCUCCCUCGGUGAGAAAGGAGAUGUCUAGAGACCCACCAGGGCGCGGGGUCAGCGAGAGCCAUCUGGGGAAGCGAGGCCUCUCCCUGGACGGAUCACCUUUCCAGGUGAAGACCAGGAUUUGGAGGAGGAGGAGAAACUGAGAAGGAAGUCCCGUUUGCAAACUUCUGCUGGUUGGGGUUUCCUAGGACUUGCCAAGCCAAGGGCCGUCGGAAGGGCGGCGAGUUUGUCCGCUGCCUGCCUUGGCGUUCGCCCUAGCGCUUUUGCGACGGUCCAGUCCUUGCCUCACGAUCUGUAAGGCGAGCAAGAGAAGCGGAUCGGGCCAAUUCACGGAGGAGAAGGCUAGCAACGUCGCGAAGGCCACUGUUUUCUUCCACGAGACUUUCAAGGCGCAUUCAGAGAAUUCUGGGCACUUGCAGUUGGCUAAAGAAUGCUGGGAAUUGUAACUCUACGAAGGAUGAACUACAGUGCCCAGAAUCCUUUGAAGGAAAGAAGGCGCUUUAAAGGUUUCGCGUGUCCGCAUAUGUGUCUCUGCAUAUGAGUUGGUCGGGAUCCGGAGGAGGAGGAGGAGGGGGCUGUUGCGCUCAUGUCCUGUUCUGGGGCUUCUCGCAGGCAUCUGGACUCGAUGGGUCAUUGGCCUGAUCCAGCGGGCUUCUCUUAUGCACACCUCUCCCUUUGACUUUCUUCUUCCGUGUCCAUGAAUCACCGUUUGACAUCAGAGCAUGACUUCAGACCGAGGCUACAGGCUCAGAGGAAGCCAUAGCAGGAUGGCUCCCCUUUCUGGCUCCAUCCUCCCGCGACCAAUAUUGUGCUUCUGCCGGAAUAUUUUUUAAGGAAUCCUUUAAAAAACAGUUCUUAAAAAUAGAAUUAAAUUAUUGUGCCCAAACCUAUACAGCUAAAUCACUUCCCCUCUUUCCUAGAUGUGAGAUAGCAUCAUGGAUCUGAAAGAUGUUAUGAUGAGGAGCAGUUGGGUGUGAGAUAAUCCGCUCUGAUCCGCACAAAUGUCUCAGCCUCCGCUGCUCCUAGCCGGGUUCGCGCUCUCCAUACUUUCCUGCGCAGGGCAACUCGUUCAUGCAUUGAUUGCGGCUGCAAUCUUAUACCCACUACUGAACUCGAAGGGACUUGCGUUUGAGUAAAGAUGUAUACGAUUGUGCUGUGGAAAGGGGCAUUUUGUGUGUGUGUGUGUGUGUGUGUGUGUGUGUGUGUACACUGAUACAGGAGGCGCAUUCAAAAAUGCUAAGACAGAUAGGUUCUGGAAAGACUAAUCAUAAAUGCAGUAAAUGCUAUAUAGAUACAAUAAAUGUAAAAUAAAAAUGCAUCGCUAACCCGCGGAACUACAAGCUGCAGUGAUGGCAACUAGGGCAGAUGACUUUUUAAAAAAGAGAGGAGAUUUUAGACGGAUUAGUGGAUAUUCGGACAGCCAUAAGAGCAAAAUGAUUCUUUGUCAGGUAGUCAUGUGAUUUAAAUAUAUGGCGCGUCCUCAGCCCCCAUUGACCGAGGCAGCAUAUCUCCGGAUAGUAGGAAGCUGAGGGGAGGCUAGCGGAGCAAAGCGCUCCGUGGGACCCGAGACCCAGAGGAGGUGGGGGCUGUUCAUUUUCCUGUUCCUAAAGCAACAUAAGACGCGGUCGAGUCCAGGCGACCAUGUCUCCGCCCCGCGGAGCUUACAGUCCAAAAUUCGACUCGGGCGAAAACAAAAAAAGAGAAGGCAGGAGGAGGGGGUCUUGAACAGCACGGAAAUAACCCCAGAGAGAGGGUUUCUAUAGGGUUAGUUAUUCUGAGAAUUUUCCAUAACAAUUCCCAGCUUGAUUUACAUAAACAGAAGAUGCAGGAAGUCUGUCCUCUCGCCCCCGAUCUUGUUUCUGUGUGUCUUUCUAGACCGCCUUUCCUCCCCCUCUUAAUCGCCAUCUCCAUUUCACGCCCAGCUGUACUGGAUCAGUUUCUCCGGGAGGGUCCUGAGCUCCGCCGCGGUUCCCAGGACGGAGGAAGCCCCUGCGCAAAGGAGCGCGGCUGGAGGGAUGUAGUGGGUGGCGCGCUCCUCGCUCCUCGCCCUCUCUCACGCCUUCUCCUUUCCUCUCUCCCUCCUCAGCCCAAGCACAGUCCAACCUGCUGGGCAAGUGCCGGCGGCCCCGCACGGCCUUCACCAGCCAGCAGCUGCUGGAACUGGAGCAUCAGUUCAAGCUGAACAAGUACCUGUCCCGGCCGAAGCGCUUCGAGGUGGCCACGUCUCUCAUGCUCACCGAGACGCAGGUGAGUGUCUUGCUGGGGAAGGGAGGAGGAGGAAGAGAGAAGGGAGCUGGAUUCAGCAAAGGAGGGGGAUCACCUGCAGAGGAAGGGGCUUUCCCCUUGCUGGGCUCGCUGCGCAUCUUCCGCAGGCAGGAGGAACCUGCGUAAAUAAGCGCAGCCAAUCACUGUAGACAUUACUGAACCAGAUGGACCAAUAGUCUGACUCGGUGUAGCGUACUAUGUUUCUCUGUGUCUUCCUUCCUUUUUAAAAUCUAAGGUGGGUUUAAUUUAAAGGAUUCUUUUAGAACAACAUGCAGGCGAUAUAGGAGCCCUCUGGACAUUAUGGGAGGGGGGGGAAGGCAUAGGGAUCAUAAUUGCAGAUCAUAAAUAGGAAUCAGUUUGGCACCACCCAUCCCUAUGAACAAUUUCUGCCUGUCUGCAGGAGGCUUCUCUCAAAAUUAUGUUUUGCUGGCACUGGGCUCCAUCAUGUCUAGCCAAAAUAAAAAGCAGCAUCUCCCUGCUGUGCUGGAAAGGCUGUGGAGAGAUAGGCUCAUGUUUUCAUGCAUUUGUGGAGUUGUACGUUGCGUUGGUAUACUCCUUUUGCAAAACAGGUUUUCACAUUAUUUCCACAAUUACACAGCAACGCCUCUCACCCAAGUUGGCUCUUGCCUUGCUAUCAUUAGACUCAAAUUUAAACAAUAAUCUUAGAUGCUGAGAUUUAGUAUCUCCCCCCCCCCCCCCGUUACUAGCAGCCCAAUUAACAAUAGCCCAAUAUUGGAAACAACCUAUAGAAAUCCCCAAUGAAAUCUGGUUAAAUAGUAUUUGGAAUGUGGCUCAAUUGGAAUGUCUUACUUGCCACAAAAGACUUAAUUAGAAGCACUUCAAGGACAGACCCUUUUGGUGAGAUUUGGUUUCCUUUCUUUUCCUUUAUAAAUGAGACUGAAGAUACUGUUAUUCCACCCUCAACACAAGAAUCAUAGAAUCAUAGAAUCAUAGAAUCAUAGAGUUGGAAGAGACCACAAGGGCCAUCGAGUCCAACCCCUUGCCAAGCAGGAAACACCAUCAGAGCACUCCUGACAUAUGGUUGUCAAGCCUCUGCUUAAAGACCUCCAAAGAAGGAGACUCCACCACACUCCUUGGCAGCAAAUUCCACUGUCGAACAGCUCUUACUGUCAGGAAGUUCUUCCUAAUGUUUAGGUGGAAUCUUCUUUCUUGUAGUUUGGAUCCAUUGCUCCGUGUCCGCUUCUCUGGAGCAGCAGAAAACAACCUUUCUCCCUCCUCUAUGUGACAUCCUUUUAUAUAUUUGAACAUGGCUAUCAUAUCACCCCUUAACCUCCUCUUCUCCAGGCUAAACAUGCCCAGCUCUCUUAGCCGUUCCUCAUAAGGCAUCGUUUCCAGGCCUUUGACCAUUUUGGUUGCCCUCCUCUGGACACGUUCCAGUUUGUCAAUGUCCUUCUUGAACUGUGGUGCCCAGAACUGGACACAGUACUCCAGGUGAGGUCUGACCAGAGCAGAAUACAGUGGCACUAUUACUUCCCUUGAUCUAGAUGCUAUACUCCUAUUGAUGCAGCCCAGAAUUGCAUUGGCUUUUUAGCUGCCGCGUCACACUGUUGGCUCAUGUGAAGUUUGUGGUCAACCAAGACUCCUAGAUCCUUUUCACAUGUACUGCUCUCAAGCCAGGUGUCCCCCAUCUUGUAUUUGUGCCUCUCAUUUUUUUGCCCAAGUGCAAUACUUUACAUUUCUCCCUGUUAAAAUUCAUCUUGUUUGUUUUGGCCCAGUUCUCUAAUCUGUCAAGGUCGUUUUGAAGUGUGAUCCUGUCCUCUGGGGUGUUAGCCACCCCUCCCAAUUUGGUGUCAUCUGCAAAUUUGAUCAGGAUGCCCUUGAGUCCAUCAUCCAAGUCGUUGAUAAAGAUGUUGAAUAAGACCGGGCCCAAGACAGAACCCUGUGGCACCCCACUAGUCACUCUUCUCCAGGAUGAAGAGGAACCAUUGAUGAGCACCCUUUGGGUUCGGUCAGUCAGCCAGUUACAAAUCCACUGAGUGGUAGCAUAGUCAAGAAUCUCUGUUGGGGAGGCUACUUGAAUUGAUAAUACAUAAAUAAACAAACACAUUACUUGUGUACUAUGUACUGCAUAUGAAGCUUAAUAAUGUAUCACUGGGCAAGUUGCUGUAGUUAUAUGUUAUUUAUUUGAAUGAAAAACAAUAAAAAUUAUGGGGGGGGGGAAUGGGAGUCUGUGCCCCCCUAGCAGUUGUUGGACUUCAACUCCCCCAGCCACGACCAGGGCUGGAUUUAGGUUUGAUGAGGCCCUAAGCUACUGAAGGUAAUGGGGCCCUUUAUAUGUCCAGCUGUCCUUUGUCAACAACAAAUUGUCGCUGUUUUUGUGUUGAAUAUAUGCUAUAUGGUAAUUUAUGGACCUAAUAGGUAUCUAAAGCCAUUUGCACAUAACAAAAUAUGUAUUUUAUCAAAGUAAUUGUUGAACUGAGAUACAAUUAAGAAGCAGUAUAUUAAUAGUGAAAUACAAUUAAGAAGAAGUAUGUUUUUUGGGGGGCCCCAAGAGAGUGGGGCCCUAAGCUACAGCUUGUUUAGCUUAUACAUAAAUCUGGCACAGGCCAUGACCAACAUAACCUGUAAUUGGAGAUUACGGGAAUCAGAGUCCAGCAACAUGGGGGGGGGGGAGGUCUACGUAUCUCAUAGGUUUCUCAUUCCCACUCUCAUAAAUUGAUGAAGGUGGCCUAUAUGGAGUUACUCCAUUUUCUCCCUGUGCGUGGAGGUGGUGACUACCCCAACGUCACCCAGUGAACUUCCUGGAUUAGCAAGGACUUAGACCCAGAUCUCUUUCUUCUAGAUACACUUGUGACUAUCCACAACACAUCAUGCUAGAGAUCUUUGCCUUUUGAUUUUUCUUAUUGCCAGCUGUUGUUAAAACACACAACAGCCACUGAUUGGUUGUGCCAUUUGCAGCGUGCAAGGUGGUGCUCUUCCUACCCCAUCUUUGGGAGUCUGGGACGCUGCGAACCAGGAAUGCCCUGGCUCAGAUCUAAGUUCUAUCAUAAAUUUUCCAGGUGGCCUUUGUGAAGCCACACUCUGCUUUAGCCCAGGGGUGAUAAAAAUGGCUCUACUUCCAGGGCUGGUGUAAGGAUUGCUGACAUAAUGUUUGUGAAUGACUUGGGACACUUGAGAGGUGUCUAAAUCCCACUACUGCCACUAAUCUCUUGAUUAGUAAAGUGCCCAAACUCAUGCUAUCUUGGUAAAUGCAGAUGCCAUGUGGAAGCCCUCCCUUGAUAGAUUUAUUAAAAAAAUUACAAACCAUCUUUCCAGUUUUUUCAUUCUUCAAACAGUCAAAGCUGGCAGAGAGAAAUCCAGAAUCAGAGGCAGAAGCUGUAGCAGGAGAGGAGGGAGGUCAAGAGGCAGAGAUGAGUCAGGCUGGUGAAGAGUCAUGGGUAUCUCUGCCUCCUGCUGCACAAACUUCCUCUCCCCAUUUGUCUCCCAGAACCAGAAUGGGGCUGAAACGGGCAGAGCAGGCUGUAUGCAGGCAUAGUCUCUGACUGCUUGGGAAUAGCCCUGGAGAGGAGAGGACUUAGAUGGCUGUAGGGUACCAGGGACUUUCAGUCUCAGCAGCUGAUUUUCAUGCAAUAAGGCCACUGGGAAUUAGCUUCUGUGCUUGUCAGGCCUGACCUUCAACCAAGUCUGUGGAGAUUGUGUUUUUGCUAAUAAAGAGUUGACUCCAACUUUGAAUGGUGUAAUUUACUGCUGGCUCAUUCUGUGACAGACCUUGUUCUUCAUGCUAUAGGUCUGAUCCCAUGUAUGUCACCUGAUCCCAUUGUGUGCUAUUUCCACUCUCCUCUCUCCAGGUAAAGAUCUGGUUCCAGAACCGGCGUAUGAAGUGGAAACGGAGCAAGAAGGCCAAGGAGCAGGCGGCUCAGGAGGCGGAGAAGCAGAAAGGAGGAAGUGUUGGGGAGGACAAAGUGGGGGAUGAGGUGCUGCCUGCGGGGGCCCCAGAGAAAAACAAUGGAGGGCGCCGCUUGCAGGAACUCAGGGACAGUGACCGGGAGGAAGAGGACGAUGAGGAAGAGGAUGACGAAGAAGAGGAGGAGGAGGAAGAUCGGCCCGGACACUGCUGCUCCUAUGGGUCUCCCGACUGCUCUGACGGGGAUGAGGAUGGGAGGCAGCCCCAUGGACGGCAUGGGGGAGCCCACCCACAAUUGCCCCCCACCUCAGCUCCCUGAACACUUGGAUCCCAGAGCCAAGAGCCACUUUCCUUGCACUGGUUCAGGAGAAAAUCCUUUCCCAACCCCACGUGUGUUUGUUGCUCUGUGUGUAAGCUGGUGCCCUGCAGGUGUUUUGGGACUGCAAUUCCCAUCAGCCCCAGCCAGCAUGGCCAUAUGAGACCAUGGUGAUGCUGGCUGGGGCUGAUGGGAGUUGUAGUCCAACACAUCUGGAGGGUGGCAGGUUGGUGAAGGCUGGUCUAAAGUAAAAUGCUCUCAUUGUCCUCCAUGCAACUGACUUUACUGGCCCCAAUGGCGCUCCAUGUGCAACUAAGCCUGCUCUUCCCAGUUUACACAGUCAUGUUCCUCAGUGUCCUGCCUCCUCCCCCCAUGGGCUCAGGCUUAGUGUCAGGGUUCGAGUCAGACGUGGGUCAGCAUGUCUGUGCAGUUAACAAUUUGAGGAAAUGGCAUACAACACUGCCCAGUAGGUCUUGCCCCUAUGGAACAGUAGGCAGAACUGAAGGUUCUCUGCCUUCCGCUCUUUCUCCUCUCCCAGAUGUUUCACAAACAGUCUCAAGCUGCGUCUACACACCUGUGGCCUCUUUCCUGCUCUCCUCAUUUUUCUGUGCAUUCUUGGGGACCAAUGGGGAGGGGAGGUUGGCGCAACAGGAGAGGGAGACUCCCUGGAGUCUUCAAUAGUCUCUUGACUGACUCCCCUGCUUCAGCCUCGGAGUCUGAACUGCUCCUUGUCACAGGCUCUUCCUGAUCACUUUACCCUGUUGCCCCUUCAGCAUCCAGCCCCUCUUCCCAAUUGUCCCUCUGACCUCUCUUCAGUGUUCCAUCACGGAUCCCUGGGCUCUGAGCCUUCCUCCUCUGGGGUUUCCCUUGAGGGAUCCUUGGCUGGUGCCUUCCACUACUCCUCUUCACCCAGCCAGUCCUUGACACUUAGCACAUGAAGAAGAAGAGUUUGGAUUUGAUAUCCUGCUUUAUCACUACCCGAAGGAGUCUCAAAGUGGCUAACAUUCUCCUUUCCCUUCCUCCCCCACAACAAACACUCUGUGAGGUAAGUGAGGCUGAGAGACUUCAGAGAAGUGUGACUAGCCCAAGGUCACCCAGCAGCUGCAUGUGGAGGAGUGGAGACGUGAACCCGGUUCACCAGAUUACGAGUCUACCGCUCUUAACCACUACACCACAGGGGCUCAUGAGAGUUCUCUUAAUCCGAUUGUUAUUGUUUAAAUUGAUUUUUAAUAAAUGUAUGGGCUGCUCUUUCACAGCUCCCCCACUAUCUUGCAAACAGUAUUUAAAGUCACAACAACAUUACAAUAUAUUAUAAAUAAAACCUCCCUUCCGCGACCACUCUAAAACAAAUAAUUCCAACAGCCAGCAAGAAAACAUAUUUUUAAAAAGAAUCAAAGGCCCAGCAUGGUUGUAUAAAUAGUAUAGAAGAAGAAGAGUUUGGAUUUUAUAUCUCGCUUUAUCACUACUUGAAGGAGUCUCAAAGCGGCUAACAUUCUCCUUUCGCUUCCUCCCCCACAACAAACACUCUGUGAGGUGAGUGAGGCUGAGAGACCGCAGAGAAGUGUGACUAGCCCAAGGUCACCCAGCAGCUGCAUGUGGAGGAGCGGGGAAGCGAACCCGGUUCACCAGAUUACAAGUUCACUGCUCUUAACCACUCCACCACACUGGCUAGAAGCUUCUGGGCCUUUAAGGAAAAUAGGGUUGAUAGUUCACUCCUGCUUAAUCAGCCUGUGGCUUGACCUCCCCAUUUUUGCCGUACACUAUUCACUCCUUUAGCUCCUCCUCAGCAUUGCUCAAUGAUCAGGAGUGUAAAACCACAUUGUCCUCUAGUGGUCGGUUGGGAAUGUUAAGUCGCCAGCUCUUUGUCAGAAAAGCCAACCUCCAGACCUGGUAAUGUGUCUCAGUGAAAAAAUUCAGUUCACAAGGCACAGCUGAUGGGCACCCCCAACCCAGUACAGGUACGUCGGGUUAAGAACUUAAUUUGUUCUGGAAGUCUGUUCUUAACCUGAAACUGUUCUUAACCUGAAGCACCACUUUAGCUAAUGGGGCCUCCUGCUGCUGCCAUGCGAUUUCUGUUCUCAUCCUGAAGCAAAGUUCUUAACCCGAGGUACUAUUUCUGGGUUAGUGGAGUCUGAAACCUGAAGCGUCUGUAACCCAAGGUACUACUGUAGUACCGAAAGCUAGAGUCGUCUUCUUUCUGCAGCCCUGAUUAAUGAGUCCCUGUUCUAUUAUGCCAGUGCCACCGUGCUGAAAGCUGACACUGGACAUGUGGCUCUUUGGACCACUUUGCCUCUCCUCUUCGACAGUAUUGAGAGUUUUUAUGCUUUAUAAGAAGCAAUCUGGGAAACCUACGACCACGAAGCUUGGAAUCUUGGGAGGACUGUAUUGUCUUUAUUUUUGUACAUUGUAUUUAUAAAAAGAGUUAAGAAGAAAUACCUCUACUUAUGCAUGCUAAGUUAUUAAUCAGCUUCUCCCAAUGUCCCAAAGGUUAUGUAAAAUAAAAC